GGAAACUUUCGACGUCGCAGUGGGUCCUUCACCAAGGGUUUUCCAGCACCAGUCGAAUUUCUGAACUGCUUGCCUUUCUCCCACACAACCUCUUGAGAACCAGCACACUCAGGACACCGUCAAAAUGGUCAAGAAGAGAAAGAACAACGGCCGCAACAAGAAGGGCCGCGGCCACGUCAAGCCCAUCCGGUGCUCCAACUGCUCGCGAUGCACCCCCAAGGACAAGGCCAUCAAGCGGUUCACCAUCCGCAACAUGGUUGAGUCUGCGGCGAUCCGUGAUAUCUCGGACGCUUCGGUGUUCUCCGAGUACACGGUUCCCAAGAUGUACCUCAAGCUGCAGUACUGCGUCUCUUGCGCGAUUCACGGCAAGAUUGUCCGUGUCCGCUCCACCGAGGGCCGCCGCAACCGGGCUCCCCCCCCGCGCGUCCGCUACAACAAGGAUGGCAAGAAGGUGGUUCCUACCCAGAACCCUAAGACGGCCUAAACGGGUUUUCGCUCUCUUGCUUUGGCGUUCUGAGUUGGCGGCAUCUGGCUUCGGGCGUGGUUUUGAUGAUCCAAAAGUAACGAGGUCAUGAUUCGGCUUUGCAUGACAAGCCUGGCGACCGCUGGAACCGAAUGGGGUUUCCUUCAGCCCAAUCAAUGGGCUUCAUAGCGCCAUAGUCACCAACCAAUUCAGAGCACUUGUGUGGAAA